GUUGUGAUAAACUUAUUAAAUAGAACUGCGAGUGAAGUAUAUGUGGUCACCGAAAUUUUCAAGUCCAGAAUCUUUUGAAAUUAAAAGAUUGUCGGAGAAAGCUAAUGGGAAUCUAGAAGAAGAUAUACUCAGCCAGGUAGCUUAGUUACACACUCAUGGUUCAGAAGACAGUUCCGAGAAUAAAUUUCGAAUGUGCUACUCGCACUAACACAGAACAUCUCUUCUGCUCGUCAUCAGAGGCAGUUGAGUUACUGGCACAAUCUUUAUUGGAUGCCUUCGAAGAUGUUGGAUUUUUUGUAGUCUACAAUCACGGAAUUGAUCCAGCCGUGCUCGGCAAUCUCAAAGAAGAGGCAGCUAAUUUCUUCGGCUGCCCGACUCAGUGCAAAGAGGAGUUUGUUCGUCGUGAUCCGAAGAGAGAGAUGUUCGGGUACACAGCUCAGGAUAAGUCGACCGAAGUGUUUGACAGAAGCAAACCGAGUGAUAUAAAGGAGACUUUCGAGUUUUCUCCCAAUGGUCUGGACCCUGUACCUUCCGAAGAGUGGCAGCGUUGUCGGGAGUUGCUCUCUGGACAGUUUUCUGAUUUAUUCCACAAAAUGCUGGUUCUUCUAGCACGCGCUCUGGGACUGAAGAGUAGUGAGAUACUCACCAACAAGAUCAAGGGCUUGGGAAAAGGACAAGACGGCAGUGAAGGAGUCAAAAACAGAAGUGCGUUCAGAUCUGCACUCUAUCCGCAGGUGAAGAAGGAGAAAUUGUUGCCGAAUCAGUUGAGAUGUGGUUUGCAUUGUGACUAUGGCUGUCUCACAUUCAUAUACAAGACGCCCUUUGAAAAAGGACUCAAAGCCAAACAACGAGGAGGCGACAUGAUAGAUGUGUUCUGUAGUGAGGAGGGGGAUCUGAUUGUGAAUGCGGGAGAGUGUUUGCAGAUGAUCACAGGCGACCUCAUCAGAGCAGCCCCACAUCUGGUCCAGUUUCCAACCGCAGCCACAGAAACAUCCUGCGACAAUUACGCUAUUAUUCCUUCGGCCUUCAGUCUCAUCAUGUUCGGCUUGUUCGACGACGACGCCCAAGUGGAGACCAUAGAACAGAUUGGCCAUACACGAAGUGGACAUAAGAAGACCACACUCUAUGCUCCCUUUAUGUUCGGGGACUACUUUGACAUGCGCAUCAACAAAGUGUUCGUAGAGGGACAAGGGCUCAUUCAAGAACUGUUAGAGUGAUCAUAAAAAGAGUCUUAGAGUUAAAUGCAUAAACCAGACUAUCUGAGACGGGAACUUCGUUUUAAAAAAGUAAUCAGAUUGAAUGACCCGAAUUGAUUAUAGUUUGCUGGAAGAAAACUCUAUACUAUCAAUUCCAUGAUCAUAUAUCUAUUGCAGAAAUUGUCUGAAUUGCGAUCCUUUCCAGUCAUUAGCUUUAAUUUAAAUAGAAAAGAAAAUUUAAAAAGAAAAAAUAAUGAAAGAAUGAUCAAUUGUAGACAACUGUUUUUGCGAAAACUGAUAUAAACCAAUAC